GAACGCAUGUGAUCUCCAGGCGCGCUAACCUUCCCUCUCUCCCUUCCUGCUACUCCUCCUCCUCUUCCGCCACAACCACCACCACCACCACCACCACGAGCACUACGCAUGCCGCAGCUGAGCGAAGAAUCGACCGCCCUCCCGCCGAGCGGGGGCUACCCGCUCUACCUCACGGCGAAGCGGUACUGGGUGCCGAGCUGCGAGGCGCAUGCGGCGGACCCGCGCGCGCUGACGCUGCUGCUGCUGCACGCGACGAGCUUCCACAAGGAGACGUGGAUGCCCACGCUCGAGGCGCUCUUCGCCGCGGCGGACCGGCCAGGGAGCCCGGUGAAGAUCAGGGAGGCGAUCUGCUUGGACUGCCCGAACCACGGCGAGUCGGGCCAGAUGAACGCGGUCGUGCUGCUGCAGCCCGAGUUCUUCCUCAACUUCUCGUGCGAGCGAUACGCGCAGGCGGUGCAUCAUUUCCUCUCCCUCAAGCCGUUCGGGAUCGACUUCCAGAGCAGGAACUUAGUGGGGAUCGGGCACAGUCUGGGCGGGUGCACCCUAACUAUGCUACAAGCGAUCACACCCGUCUUUCCCUUCUCCUCGAUCAUCCUCAUCGAGCCCCUCAUCAGCCCGCACGGCAGCCACCACCUGCGCAAGCUGCGCGAGAUCCUCGUCAAGGGCGCAUACGAGCGCCGGGACGUGUGGCCGGACCGGCAGCAGGCCAUGGCCGCGCUCAAGCGCCGCGACCGCACGAAGAAGUGGGACCCGAGAAUCCUGGAGAACUUCGUCCAAUACGGCAUCCUGGAGCACCCCGGGGCGAAGUAUGCGGAGGGACGGUAUCCGGGCGUGACGCUGGCGUGCCAGCGUGACCAGGAAGCGGCCAUGUAUCGGGACCCAGACGGGGCGACGAAGCCUAUGCCGACGCUGAAACGCAUCUGCCGCGACCCGAAACGCGUCCAUGCAGCGAUCAGGGAAGACGUCGCCUGGGCUUCGAUCGAGGUUCUCGAAGGCGCGGGGCAUCUGAUUGUGCAGGAGGUUCCGGAUAGGCUGGGCGAGGCGAUCCAUGCGACGUUGGCGUCGAAUGGGGACUUGGUUCGGAGCAAGUUGUGAUGAGGAUCGCUUCGUUCUUAUUUAAAUCAGUACGUAUAUGUAUGGGCACUCUCAUGGAGGCCCGUUCAGGCAGGCGCAAUUCGGGAAGCCCUCCGUGCGCAACAAAAUUAUGGCGUGUGUUCUUAAAAAUAUGGGUCAUUGUGACGGCCGAGGAGGUUGCUGAUAAACCGACUCGAGCGUGAGGGAUGGACAAGCAAUUUGAACCAGCCAUCUUUGAUAGACGGCCCCUCUAUAUCCCGCAAACGUUCACUACUGGACAUGUCUUCUUUCUCCUGUUGAGUAUUUUUGGCGAUUUAUUCCCAGCCACACAUAGACGAUGAGAAAUUCAUAUUAGGUUAGCGUCAAAGAUGCAAGGGCUGGUGGGGAUGCCGAGCGGUCUGACAUGGAGCACGCAGGGGGAAGAAGGCAAGAAGAUAUAUCAAUGUCACGCGACGGCGGCCCGAGUGCUCCACUAGUCCUGCAUCUCAUAAACCGGCCCUGGUCAUCAGGCAUGGAGAAGGCGAGAAGGGAGUAGAGAACACUGAACAUGCCUACCAUCGAAAUGCGAGUUUUUUGUGCGACGCACAAGGCGAGAGCGAGCAGGAAAAAUCCGAACUAUGGACAUGCCAAGUUCCAUAGUUCCAAUUGAGACAGAACAAUAAUCGGAUCGCCUGCAUCCAGUCCAUUCGAAGCACACACACAUGCAUAAGUAUAUGAUUGAGACCGAGGCGGUAUGAGUAUGAGUAACUAUGAGCCAGUAUGAGUGUGAACAUGUCAGUUAGAGUCAUUUUGAGUCCACCGCCCACGAGGAUGACGCGCGGGAACCGAUCCCGACCACAGCGUUCGGAGAGAAGCCCCCAAAAAAAUAUCGCUUUCGACUGGCGCGCUGAGCACGCCGAGGGCAUCCACCGGUUGUGCCACGACGCCCAGCAGGGCCGAGAUCAGCGGAUGGAACUGGUGCUGGAGCGCUAUCUUGCGCAGCGACGAGGCGCACAGCUGCGCCACCUGCGCGUGCGUCUCCUGGUCACCGGGCGGGAGACUGAGACACAUCCUGCCGAGCAUGCAGACGACGUGGAACAGCAAGACCGUCCACACAUCCGCACUCGCGACACCGUCCACGAGCGUCUGCGCGGCACGGAUGGCCGCUGCGGGGCCUGCGCACGAGAUGAGCCACCGCAGGGGGGUCUCGAGCGCCGGGGUGUUCUUGUGUGGGAAGCACAGCAGCGAGACGAGGAUGCGGGCGGGAUUGAUGGGCCCGGUAUUUGCCUUGCCGAUCGAGCGACCGGCUACGUGGAAAGCCAGAGCCGCGUCACCGUCCUCGACAACUCUCGUGAACAGCACCUCCACCAGCAGCUUAAUGGUCUUGCUGCGCACGGCCAAGUUCUAUGACGGAUUUCUAUUGGUCGGCAGCUGGCUGACGUCGAUGUACUCGGACGUCAUGAUGCACAGAACCGGGGGAUAGGCGUCUACGACGCUUCCUGCAUUCGCGACGAUCGCCAUGGCACGAGAGAACGGCGGAGACCACAAGUCGGCCCGCGGCUCCCGCCGGGCCGCGUCGAUGAAGGCGGGAACAAGCGCACACAUGGCCGCAGCAGAGUACUGCAGCCGACUCGCUGGUAACAACAUCGUCAGCAGAAGCUCGAGGCAAAGCCAAGGGGACAGACACUGCACGCACCGUCGUGGACCCGGGAGAUGAUGAUCUGCACCGCGGCCCGGCUGCUCCGCACACUCGCCUCGGGCGACAGCAGAUGCAGCAGGCAGGGUGUGUAGCUCCUCGCCGGCCCGCCCCCGCUCGUAGCGCGACCACGACGGCGCGCUGGUCUACAUGAUCUGGUACAGCGAGGCAGACGCCUCGUCCAGCGCCGCGUCGUCGUGCGUCGCUUGCACGGCGGCGUGGUACACCGCGGGCGCUUGGUCCGAGAGCGAGUCCGCCGCCGUGGCACAGCGCCGCAGGCCCAGGGACCCGGCUGGAUUGAGGCUACGCCGUGCGAGGGUCCAUAGUGGGAGCGGGGCGACGCCGGCGGUGAACAGCAGCGCGGCGCCCGAUGUAGAGAGGGUGGGGAUGGGAACGGGGGAAAGCUGCAGCACGUUGGAGAAGAGCGUGUCGAGCAGCCCGGCGAUGAAGAGCAGCACCGGGAGGACGAGAAUCUGCGGCAGCAGCUCGAUCGUCGGCGCGAGAAACCGCUCCGAGGACGCCCAGCGCGUGCGAAUGUCGAUCAGCUUCUCGGCGGGGUUGCUGAAGUGGGAGUACGACGUCGU